AUGGCGCAAAUUCAGAUGCAGCAUCAGAAUGUAUUGGCGGCAUCCGUUGGACCGAAUGGAGUGCCUGCGGCCACUGCAGCACCAGGUGGAGGGACUAGCCAAUUUCCCUCUACUUCUUUGUAUGUAGGGGAUUUGGAUUUCAGUGUUACGGACUCGCAGCUGUACGAUCUGUUCAACCAGGUUGGUCAGGUUGUUUCUGUUAGGGUGUGUCGGGACCUGAGCACUCGGCGCAGCCUUGGGUAUGGUUAUGUAAACUAUAGCAGCCCGCAGGAUGCGGCUAGGGCAAUGGAAUUGCUGAACUUCACUUCUUUGAACAACAAGUCGAUCCGAAUAAUGUUUUCUCAUCGAGACCCCACUAUUCGUAAAAGUGGAUCUGCAAACAUAUUUAUAAAGAAUUUGGACAAAUCAAUUGAUAACAAAGCACUACAUGAUACUUUUUCAAGCUUUGGGAACAUACUAUCUUGUAAAAUAGCCACAGAUCCUACUGGCCAAUCAAAGGGCUAUGGAUUUGUACAAUUUGAUAAUGAAGAUUCUGCACAAAAUGCUAUAGACAAGUUGAAUGGCAUGCUUAUUAAUGAUAAGCAAGUGUACGUUGGCCGUUUCCUCCGUAAGCAGGAGAGAGAAUCAACGGAGAGUAAGAUCAAAUUCAACAAUAUCUACGUGAAAAAUCUUGCAGAAUCAACUACAGAUGAUGAUCUGAAGAAAAUUUUUGGUGAGUAUGGAGCAAUUACCAGUGCUGUAGUGAUGAGGGAUGCUGAUGGGAAGUCAAAAUGCUUUGGCUUUGUCAACAUGGAGAAUGCUGAUGAUGCUGCUCAAGCUGUUGAAGCUCUAAAUGGUAAGAAAUUUGGUGAUGAGGAGUGGUACGUCGGGAAAGCUCAGAAAAAAUCUGAGAGAGAACAAGAACUGAAAAGUCAAUUUGAGAAGAACACAAAGGAAGCUGUCGACAAAUAUCAAGGAGUUAAUUUAUAUGUGAAGAAUUUGGAUGAUAGCAUAGAUGAUGACAAACUCAAGGAACUGUUUUCUGAGUUUGGUACCAUUGCGUCAUGCAAGGUUAUGCGAGAUCCUAGUGGAGUAAGCAGAGGAUCUGGAUUUGUUGCAUUCGCAACUCCUGAAGAAGCUUCUCGAGCACUUUCUGAGAUGAAUGGGAAAAUGGUGAUCAGUAAGCCACUCUAUGUAGCCUUUGCACAGAGGAAAGAAGAGAGGAGGGCGAGGUUACAGGCACAGUUUUCCCAAAUGAGGCCAGUUGCAAUGCCACCAUCAAUUGCUCCUCGUAUGCCAAUCUAUCCUCCUGGUGCACCUGGUAUUGGGCAGCAACUAUUUUAUGGGCAAGCUCCCCCUGCUAUUAUUCCUCAGGCUGGAUUUGGUUACCAGCAGCAGCUUGUACCUGGAAUGCGUCCUGGUGGAGCUCCUAUGCCAAAUUUCUUUGUGCCACCUGUCCAUCAGGGCCAACGCCCUGGUAGAAGAGGAGCAGGUCCUUUGCAACAGACUCAGCAGCCUCUGCCGUUGAUGCCACAGCAGAUGCUGCCAAGGGGGGGACGGAUGUAUCGAUAUCCUCCCAGUCGAAAUGUGCAGGAAGCGCCAAUGCCUGGUGUUGCUGGAGGCAUGCUUUCUGCUCCUUAUGACAUGGGUGGUAUGCUUCCACGAGAAGCCUCUAUACCACAGCCUAUGCCAAUUACAGCUCUGGCUUCUGCUCUGGCAAAUGCAACGCCUGAACAACAGAGGACGAUGUUGGGCGAGAAUUUGUAUCCUCUUGUUGACCAACUGGAGCCUGAACAUGCCGCAAAAGUUACAGGCAUGCUUCUGGAGAUGGACCAGACAGAGGUGUUACACUUGCUUGAAUCACCAGAUGCUUUGAAAGCAAAGGUAGCUGAAGCUAUGGAGGUCUUGGGGAAUGUUCAACAGUCUAAUAGCCCAGUGGAUCAACUUGCUUCAUUGUCCCUCAAUGACAACCUUGCUUCUUGA